AUGGACUGGACAUCGGAAAAGUGGAAACGAAUAAAAGAUUCGUUAAGACCGAACUGGCGGGCGGGUGACAGGGAUCCUGCUGCCUGGCCAGAUUUAUCAAUCUGCCUUGGUGAUACUAUUUUGAACAAUCUUUUAGAUUGGAUUAAAAUUCAUUAUGAAAAUGCUGAAAAUCAAGCAUCAGUAAUUACAGAAAAUAAAAUUGCUUAUUUAACUGAUGAACAUGUAGAAGAAAAGUUUACUUUUUAUUGGGAUACUGUUAUUGGACUAGUAUUACAAAGAAACAUUGACACGGCCAGACUGUUAUUGUCCAACCACUCUCAAAGUGACACUGAACCAUUUAUUCACGCAAUAAAAAUAUUUAAAUCUAUGCCUACUUAUAGUAUAUAUGGUGGCCUGCCAAUUGCAGAAUAUACAUCUAGAUUCAAGGGCUGGCAAUCAAGUGCAAAAUCCAAAUUAGAAUGUGGUAUAUUCUUAUCAGAUUCAAAUCUUAAUGAUGUUAUGAAGAUUAUUUGCGGAGACCCGGAUUCUACGAGUUUGAUCCGCAGUCACUGUUCAACAUGGUUUCAAUUUCUUGUCGCUCAACUUAUAUAUACAGAUCCUACUGUAAAAAAACAUAGCUUAAGCUUAUAUGCUCAUCGUAGCGUUGCUAAAUAUUAUGAAGAAUCCGAGUAUAAUCAUAUGGAUACACUUGCUUUAGAUUUGUUUGAUGGAGAUCUAGAAGGGUUUGUAAAAAAAUUGAAAUCCUAUCCUGAUUCUGGAUGGUCAUCUACUCAUUUGACUAAUUUGUUACAUCUGUGUGAUAAAAUUGAACCAGAGUUUGACAUGUCUGAAGAAGUAGAAAAUACAAAUCCAAAUGAACAGUAUCUCCUUGAUUAUGGAACAUUUCUCAUGACUCAUCACUCAUUGUGGCAAGCUGGUGUCACUUACUUAGAUUACUGUUCAGCUGUAGGUAAAGAACAUCUAUCAAUGUUGUUGUCAAAGUUAGAAAUAACAUCAGAUUUGAGAGUGUCAAAAAUUUUACAUUAUGCAACAGCCAGGCGCUUACAUAAUGUUGUUUCUAGUGUUUGUAAAGUAAAAGGAAUGCUAAGCUUACAAAAAUCAGGAAUUGGUGAAGCUCUGUGUUGGGCAAUAAGAGGGCAAGACAGCGCUUUUGCCACUCAUUUAGGUGAUCUAUACUUGAAAGAAUAUGUUAAAGGUGGAUCCUUUGCUUGUCCAGAUAUACUGGACAAUUUAGGAUCAAUUGUUGUCACCUGUGAUCGUUUUAUGUUUAUUGGAAAGUAUAUACAAUUUCUUAAACUCGCUACGGGUAAUAAACUCAACGAGGCCGCAUUAUUGUACAUAGAACUCUUAAGAUCUAAUAUUUGUCCAAAUUAUUUUAGACUAACAUUAUUAAUGGAUGUUCUAAUGUUCAACGACAAUAGUAAUGAGUGUUACUUUAAUAUCGCUGACAUGUCUUUAAUUGCAAUGCGCUUGGAUGAUGCCAUUACAGAAUGGAAUGAAGACAAUGAAUCUGACAAUCAGUAUUUAUUAAGCAAAGUGUUUAAUAUUCGUCAAGGUAUUGUUAAACUAGUGUCUAUCAGUUUAAUAGGAAAAAAAAUUAUUGUGUAA